UCGAUCACAAUAUCGCCCAAUGUGAGCGUUGAGAAGGAUCAUGCCGUUUGCUGUUUAAAUGCUGACCACAGUAAUUUAGGUCUGUUAACUCUGUUGAAUCGAACUCCCUCCGUCCUUCCUCUGCUGCCGGUCGAUCGUCCUCGAUAAAUAAUCAUUUAAUGAGUCCGAGUGAUAUCGUAGGACCAUCGCCAGUGACAUCAGUAGGGACGGAGGUGACUGAAAUAGAGGAUGAGGCUUCGGAUGACUUCCGCAUCGACUUUGCGAGCCCGACCUCUUCAGCCUCACCUCAGUUACUCAUGCUGAAGACAAACUUACCUGACCAAGUGCGUCAACCUUCUAGUGAAGAAGCAGUAUCUGUGAUACACGCACCUGAGAGCUUCCAGAGUUGGGCUUCUUCAGAUUCGACAAUUGAACCCAGAGAGGAGAGCGGCAAGAGGACGUCCCCAAAAAGUUCACCAAAAUUCAACGAUAUCAAGAUUCCCUUGGCUGCUGCACAUGCCUCAAAGGGGAGAUCUCCAGGGCUGCCUACUCCACCGCCCAUAUCCACGGACGUGAAGCCAAUCCGAUACAGUCUUGACAGCGCCACUCCACGUGCCCAAAACCUUCAAGAGGUCCAAAGCCUGUUAAGCGAGUCUGCAAGGCUACGCUCGAGCAGUGCCAGUAGCCUCGAAUUGAUACCUGAAAGCAGAGAGCCCGAGACAGACGCUGAGGCAGAUCCGGAAGCUGAUGACGAGGAAGAAUUCGUCACACCAUCUGGGGGUGAGGAUAUGGAAAUCAGGUCCCUCAAGACAGCUCUAGCCGAGUGCUGGACAUUGUGCAACACACUUGCUACCUUGAGCACUCAUCACCGCGAAAGAGUGUUCAACACAUCUGGAACUCCUGACGCCCAUGAGAAAGCUUGGAAGGCGUGCUGGAAAUUAUGCCAGCGACUCUACGACAACCGAGACGAGGACGAUCAAUGUUUUGGCAUGAAGAUGAAUUUAGAUCUGUGCCGAGACUUUUGCCAGUCCCUCUUCGAUGUGAGGACCAAGAAAGACGAGACGGCAGACUCAGUAUUGCGAGUCAGCUUCGAGCUCAAUAAUCAUUUGUAUAGCGCCCAAGACAACAGGAAUCUGCCAGAAGCGUUCCGGGAGCGUACCCUAGAUUUCUACAUCACUCUUUGCCACAGGCUCAUGAAGCAGAGAAAUGAACUAGCAGAAGAAACGGACUCGCUUCUCCGGGCUUGUUGGUCCCUUGCAGAAAUGUUGUUCAGUUUGAGGCAAAACAGGCGAGACAAUAAAUCGCCUGAUGAAGAGCUGCUGGGCUCGGCUGUACAAGCAUGUUGGGAGUUGUGCGACAUUUUUAGAGAAGGGUGGACUCAGAUCCGUCCUGACAGGGGCACACCGAGACCAAGUCAGACUAAUUUCUUUACGCACCAACGAGAGCGGGAUUAUGGAGAUCAGGAUGGUCGCGCAAGUCGGGCUUCAAACCGCUCAAAGCGUGAAAGCCUCAAGAGUGCGCCGCAAGAGAAAAAGACCAAGCCGCCACCUGUGCCGGAGACUCCAGUAACAGAAUUCGAGGACAUUGGUCAAGAUACUCCAAUAUCACCUGACAGCCAAUCGCCACAAGUACCGAACAUAUUGGUUCUAGGAACCGAAAGCAACAGAGGAGGACGAUGGUCAAGCAAUGCGUCGAACCUUUCCGGCUACUCGCAGAGUAGUCAACGCACGUCCAGCACAGCGACGACGGCCACAUCGUCAGAGGAGAUUAAUAUCUCGCGGCUCAAGACCUUGCUGCUCAAAGCCGCCAUGAACGUCGGAUUUUCGAGAGAUGAUGUCAGCGGUCAUGGUGGCGCUGCUUCGCUGCAAGCAUUUGUGAAGUCAUUGCCCGCUGGCUCAUUUGGUUCGUUAUCUACGCAUGCCACGUUGCUACAGAACUACAAGACCCUUGUCCUGUCGGAUUCAUCAUUCAGACACUCGUCUUCGCUACCCAGCCGGGGAAAGCGUAUCUCGGCCAACGACCUGGCCCGGAGCGUAGUCUGGAUGACACAUCGCUCAAGCCACUAUGCAUUUUUGCGUGAUUUGUUCAAACUUGUAUUUGGCUUCCACUUGGAAGAGGCCGAGUCGAGGAAGAACGUUAGCAUUGCCGUCUGAAACGUUAUUGAGGUUGAAAGCAGAAAUACUUGUGGGGGACGAACUGUUUCCGGAUACUGUCGCUGUCCUUUUCUCCCACGAUUUAGAGUUACUUUUUCUUUGUUUAUAGCCUCUGCUCAAGAUACCCUUUGGUGGAUGGAUAGUCGGCGCUACUGGAGAACAUGGGGGAAGGUAUUCUGAAGAUUUUGAACGAAGGAUUGCUUAAUCAAAGUCGGAAUCCACUCCUAUAAAUAAGGAUAGAACAAUCACAUCAAAUAAGACGA